AUGGUGCUGCCCAUCGCCAGUGAUGACAUGUCAGUCAACCAGAGCGUAAGGGCUAACAAGAGGCCUUCAGAGCGUAAGGGGAGAAGGAGGUUGGAGGGGGGGCUAAAGCCAAAAGACAAGCAGUACAAGUGUAAGGUGUGCUUCACCUGGUUCCUUACAUUAGGGGAACUCAACUUCCACAAGCUCUCUCACAACCCCUCCCCGCCACCCACCUGCUACAUGUGCGUCCAGCGCAAGUUCAGCUCUCGCGAGCAGCUGAGGGACCAUCUGAGGGAGAAGCAUGCCAAGAACAAGGCAGGAAUCUGGACCUGUGGCAUGUGUCUGAAGGAGAUCUCAGAUGUGUGGAUGUAUAAUGAGCACCUGCGAGAGCACGCCACCCAGUUUGCCCGCAAGGGCCAGACACAGAGGCUCCAUCCUGGGCCUGCCAGGCUGCUUCAUGCCAGGAGGACUGCAGUUGAAAAACUUUCAUCACCUCCAUCAUGCAGCAUCGGCCCAGAUGCGAAGGAACUGAAGGAUCACCUCAAGAACGAACAUGAAGAGAUGGAGGAGCAAGACUCUAAGCACACCACGCUAUACACCUGUGAGCUUUGUGCUGAUGUCAUGCAUGUCAUUAAGAAGUCCUUCAUUUGCAGCACCUGCAACUACACCUUCUCCAAGAAAGAACAGUUUGAUCGGCACAUGGAAAAACACCUGUCUGGGGGGAAUGAGAUCUUUAAGUUCAGAGGGGUGGUGAGGCCCUCCAAGCCCUCCUCCUCCUCUACUAAAAAUGGAGAGUUUGACUUGCCACCCUGCAAGAGGAGAAAGCUGCUGACAGACAGACUCCUGGAGAACAGUUCUGACAGUGGCAGCACCAACAUUGUGUCCACACAAUAUAGUCAGACUUCUGAGAGUCAAGUCCCCAAACCAGUGUCACCCACCAGCUCAGACUUGACUGAGACCUCUGGUGACCUCUCCGCUGGCUCCGCAGAUGCUGGCAUCAAAACUGAAGACAUUGCAGGGGACUUUUCUGAGAUUCUGAUGGAGCUGGAGCAAUCUAAGCUUCCGGUGGUUUCAGAAUCACUGUGUUUCUCAGAGGUGCCUCCCUCUGAGCAAGCUGCCCAUAUGCAGACAAGUGAGGCCUGCAAGGAGGGUGACACACCAUCAGAGACCUAUGACAUUAAAGAGGAGAACCAUCUGCACUCAAACCAGAAAAGGUGUGACACAGUAUCGCCAGCUCUGACAGAGUGCAUGGCCAGUGAAGAAGAGGCAGGCAGCAAGGUCAACAUGCUGCCAUCCCCCAUUGAGGUCAGUACAGAAAUAGCCUCAGCCAGUGCUGCAGAGGCCACUGGGCCAAGCAUGAACAUGUCUGAAUCAGCAAUGUCUGUUGAAGAAUCAGAUGUUCAUAUCAAUGAAAACUUCAUGAAUAUUUCUGAGGCUCCAAGUCUACCGGAAGAGGUUAGUCUGCCCUGUUGCUCCACAGAUACUGAGCAAAAGUCACUCGAUGCUGCAGUGGACUUAACGGGCAAAGAGAGGAGUGAACAUUUGACUGAAAUACAAAGAAAUGAAAGUGAAGAGAAUGAACAAAAUGAUCUUAAGAGUGCUGAGCCACAAAGUGGAGGACAAGAUAAGGAUGAUGUCUCCUCUAAAUCAAGCGAAAGCACCAACAGUGGACUUGACGAUGGCCUGAAGCCUGCAGCUGGAGGGCUGGGAGCAGCACAAUCAACAAAACACUGCUAUAAACCCACGGCCCUUGGCUCAGGCAGAAGUGAAGAGAAGGUCUUUGUGAGACAACAGAAAAAAAGGAGAGAACUGAAGACGUCUCAGAGCUCCAAGGGAUCCUCCUCAGCAACGCGAGAGAACUUGGACGUAGACAUGAGGAACAGGAAGAAGCUUCGAGUUCAGAGUCCUGGAAAAGGCGAAUGGAUGGCGGGCUAUAGGAAAACUGACACAGCUAGUGAUUACCCAGUGCUGUCUUGUAUGAGAGAUGACAAGGUCAGCAAUAAAAUACCACCUAAACACAAAGCUGGGGGACUGAACGCCCAACCAAAGAGAAACACUCUUGACAGCAACCCCCCCAAGAAAAUAGACAACAUGCGUCACUUGAAUGGGACUUACAAAGGGAGAAAGGGGGUUCCUGGAAGGCCUUUGCAUCCACCAGCUUCUAAGACUUCGGUUCCCAUGGUGAAUAACUCCAUUAACAAGUACAGACCCCUCUCAGGGGUGAGACCUGUGGAGUCACACUCGUAUCGGACAGCAGAGUCCCAGAACCACCUCCUAAGCCAGCUGUUUGGCCAGAAGCUCACCAGCUUUAAGAUUCCUUUAAGAAAAGACACUUCUGAGGCUCUGAACUGA